UCCGCCGAAAUACAUCGUCCGGUAUUCUCGCUCGGUAGUUUUCGCGGCGUAUUUUCAUUUCGCGCUGCGGCAUCGCGAACGCGGGCAUCGUUCGCGACGCGGGACGGAUCGACCCUGCUCGCACGCGAGUGAAGUCCCGGUCAGUCCCGCGACUGCGAGAAACUCAGCGACGCGCGAUGUCCGUCCGUUGGUCCAUCGACCAAGCUUGACACUUGGGGGCACUACGCCGUGGAGAGCGUCCAUCUGUCCAUCUAUCCAUUCAUCCAUCCCAAGAAGACGAUAAUAACGCGACGCGGCGCGCAAUCUCAAUUUCGAUCGAGGUUCGAACGACGCCGUAGAGCGGCGAGAGAAAGAGAGGGAAGAAGGACAGGAGGGAGAGGAAAGUCUCUCUCGUGGCUAAGUUCAGGCGAUCACUUGCUUCGAAUCAGUCGUAACGGAACAGUGUUGAUGACCGCCGAAGAGAGUGGUGGUGUGUCCGGUGGUGGAAAUUGUGCUAUUUCGCGUUCGAGAAGCUUGUAACAGCGUGCGUAACGACACGCGACGCGUGAUCGUGAGCUAAGUCGCCUGUUUGACUUAUUCGUCGUCCGUUGUGGACAGAGUGCUCGGCUCGGCUCGCCAAGUCGUGGAGUGUAAAUAAACACGCGCCCGUCGCUCGUCUCUCGCCGCGCUCGCGGAUUGUUGUCGGAUUAUCGGGACGAUGUAAACGGGAUUGUACGUGCGGUAGUGAUUGCGGGAGUGCUCUGAAGAAUCGAUCAAGGAUUGAACAUUCUGCAUCUUCGGCUUCAGCUAGCGGCCCGCAAGCGGUGUAUCCAGCAUCCCCGGCGUCCUGCGAUCUGGAGAGGUAUCGUGGCACACCUCGAGCUGCUGUAAGCGGACAGCGUCGUAUCUGAAUUUACGCCCAAUCCUUCCGGCACUCGACACAUUGAUCUGUUUGCUGUCCUAUUCUCGUACGCGGACCGGCUCACCGUUCGGCGCUACCACCGCCUAGAGAUGCUAGAUCUUCGAAUCAAUUAUCGCGGAGAAGCCUACUCGAGACUUUAGAAGACUCGACAGAAAUCUGGACAAAAUGUCGAUGACUGGGAGCUUAAUGGGAUACGAGAACAACAACGAUGUGAACCAGGCCAAGUGUAAGAAGCCGUUGAAGCCGCUACCGGUUGUGUCGAGCAUCAGCUCGAGCGGCGUAACCACCACUUCGAGCAAGUCGAAGAAAGCGCGAAAAUCGGCGAGGAAAGAAUCGUGCAUACGCGGUCAUGUGAACAGCCUCUGGUCCGUCUGGUACGGCAUUCUAGCUGUCGCUUUUCAAGCGUACAUAGCAAUGAGAUACGCCAGACGAUUCGCCGCCUACCUGUCAUUACCGUGGCCGGCAGACGCGCCACCUCCUAAAAUCGAACUGUACGCCUGCCUGGUGCUGGCCGGCACCGGGGUGGUUUUACUCCCGGUGCUUCUUGGUGCGGCGUUCUUGAAGCUCGGCAAUCUCGCGAACGACGGAAUAAAACUGGGCCGACAUUUGAGCGCUUGCUCGCGCGACCCACCGUCUUCGCUUCUCACCAAUAACGCCGAUAACAGUCUGGCGAAUAAUUUAUGGAGACACGGCGGCCCUACGGCGGCCUUCGUGCACCUCUGCACGGCCAUGUGCUUCCUCCUACCCUCUCUGCUCAUGGAGGCGAGGCUAAUACACGCUGGAUUCCUGCCAAAAGACGCAAUAUGGAGGACCGAUCUGGACUGGGUGGUGAUCCAUCGCGAUCGUCUGGUGCUGUUGAGCUUCAUGAACCCGAUCGGCAACCUAAGCACCUUGAGUGGCACGAUAACUCCGCAGCCCUUCGUAACCUUAACCCCGGACGAAGCCGGCUUUAACGAGGACCUCGAUGAGCUCGCCACCCCGACGUCCGGUCUAACGAAUAUCGCGCUUCCCGACGCGGUCGAGACUCGAGCCGCCGGCGAGACGACCACGAUGUUCUCGAUGAUCAUCCAACCGAUCGCCACCAAGCCAACUGGCGCUGCCAGCUCCGCAACGACUACCGGCAAGACAGCCACGACGGCGAGCACAACGAGUACCUUCGAGGCAACUUCGACGGCCCAACCGAAGACGACGGUGUUGCCGAAAGGCAGCACCGCCAGACGGCCGACCAUGAGAACCAUCGUCAGGAACGGCAGUUCGAAGGGCAGGUCAAAGGCGAAGAAUCUCACGAGGGUAUCCACCACGCCGAGGCCUGCCAGAGCGGCCGGUGGGAACAUGACUGCGCAGAAUAUGCCGCUGACGAUGAACAGUCUGGCGGAUCUCGAUCAUCCCGAGAAUCUGAAUCUGGAACUGCAGACAGCCGAAUCAUACGGCCCGAUUACUCUGGAAUAUCUGAAUUACGCCGUCGCGCUCGGCGUAUACUCGGUAAGAUAUCCCGCCGUCUUCUGGUCGUGCAACAAAGCAUUGGGCACAAUCUUCAGUCUGCAGUUGGUCGUAAAUUCAGCGCAAAGUCUGCUGGCUUACGCCGGAAUGUCUGUCCUUUACAAGGUGCAAGUUGUAGGACCCUUGAAAGUCCUGCCGCUCCUGCGUCACCGUACCGUAGCGACCAGCAGUACGAUUUCAACGAUAUUCGGAGACUCCUACUUUCUGCUGAAUCCCCACGUAACUCUCGUGCUCUUCGCCCUCUCGUCCCUCCUCGUGCUCUGCUCCAGCAUGGUCAUGUACUUCUACGCUCAUGGCAGAUUCACGGCGUUCCUGAAUCAGGAGCGCGAACGUCGCGUGAUCCUGCCGAAGGACGGCCGCGAUGGUAACGGCUGGGUCUACUUCACGCACUGCACCGCGCUGUGCGUGUUCCUGGCGAUCGCGAUCUGCAGCGCGCCGUUGCUCUACGACUACACCGUGGUGUACCGCGGCAGCCUGGACGGCGCCAUCCUCGCCUGCAUCAUCGGCACGAUCCUCCACCUCUUCCUCUGGCUGUUGCUCUGGAUCUUCCUCACCAUCAAGCAACGCUGGACGUUCAAGCUGCGCGUCACCAUCGGACGCGCCACCGUUAGGUCCGCCAGGUCGGUGAAGCUCGUCACCGACGUCGACCUGCUGUCGGCCAGGGAUGACGACGAGAGCACCAGCGCGCCCCUCCUCGUCGUCGGUAACGGCAGGACGUACACCAUCGCCGAUACCUCGCCCAAAAAGGCCAUUAUGAGCGUCAUACAGAAGGCCGCGAUGGAGAGGAAAGCGCGAUCUCAAGGCGGAAACGCCGAUGGAGUCGACGGGGAAUCGACGGCCGACGGUGACGAGCAGAUCUACUGGCUCAGGCCGAAAUUACGCCCUUCGCCCGCGCAAUCUCCGAACGACACCGCCGGCGCGCCGACGUCCGACAAGGGUUGGCUGAACAAGAAACUGAAGCCUAAGGUCACCUUUAACGACCUGCCUAGUACGUCAGGCUCGCGUAAUAAGGGAAAAGCCAGACGAGGUGUCACUGACGGCGGGCCUGAUGAUGACGGAGAUUACGCCACGUUACGUGAAUUACCGCUGAUCACUUCGCUAGAUCCGGCCGACGACUCCACCUCCGAAGAGAACAAGCGGACGAGAUGGCCGAUAACACGUAGGGACGGUAUACCUAAAUUCCGAAACUUGCUCGAGUGCGUGAACGACGAUCAAGUGACUUACUACGCGAGUGCGAAUCGCGACCUACAACCGUCGGAGGGUGAUCCUUCGCCCCUACUCACCCCCGACCCGCUACCCGAUCCCGCAGCGGAACCGCUUCCGCUGCCACCUCCGACUCCAACCUCCGCACCAACCACCGAAAUUGUCACGGCGCCACUAACUACAAACGCCCAGAUGAACGGUGGUCAGACGCCGCGUUGCCUGCGCCGUGCGGACUCUGGGAUGCCGCACGACGAGCUAACCCCGCGCUCGGACUCGUCCAACUCGCCGCCCCUCGACGCGGUGGGUGGCGGCGCCGGCUCGGUCGCCGGUCGCAGCAACACCAGCAGCAACAGCGAGACGUCCAGCGGCGUGCACAGCAACGCCAGUAACGCCAGCAACGCCAGCCACAGCAGCUCCCAACGCCGGGCGACCAGCGUGGAUGACCUGACCGGGGAGCCGCGCGAAGAACCGCGCGAGCAGUGGCGCAGUUGCUCGCUCCAGCGAGGAACGCAGCCGCCCACGGCGAACAGCACAUUCUCACCCCCCAACAGUCGCCCCGGCACCAGCCAGUCCUUCUCCUCACCCCAGUACGUGAACCACGUGCCGCCGUUCACCAACGCCGUCAACAAUGACAUCGGCGCCGGCUGCCCGGCGGUCAUCCUGGAGAACCCGAACGAGGCUACGGUUGUGAUCCGCCGCAAACUCUCGAGAACGAAACUGACGGACCCGCUGAACCCGAACGAGGAGCCGUUCGGCCGAUCCACCAACAUGCGGAUGACCUCCUUCACGGAGAGCAACGACAUCCGCAUACAGGCUUCCUCGGCGACCCUGCCGCACUAUCCCACGCAGCCGAUCGUCACGUAUCCGCAUUGCUCCACGAUGCCGUUGCCGCACGCGUCUCACAGCGUAGCGGGUGCCAACAUGAGCGGCGGCUCCACCGGCAGCUGCGGUUCCGUGCCGCGGCACACGUUUGUGCCGCCACAGGUACACACCACCGUGCCGGCGCACACGACACUACCGUCGCAUCACAACGGUGUCAGGCUACUCCACGGCGGCGGAGGCAACAGCGGCGGAUGCGGCCCCAGCAAUCCGUUCGUCAAGAGGUUCCCGGCGGUGCACCUGCACACCCAACCGUGGGCGCUGCCGGGCCAUCAUACUUUCCCGCAGCUGCCGCAGAGCAACAACAAGCUCUCCGCCACUGCGCAGAUCAGACAGAGCGAUCGGGACUCGGCGAACUUCUCCAUGGCCAGCAGCGGCGACUCCGACACGUGUUUGCCGCAUUAAAGCGCGAGCAAACGUGUGCCGUGUGAAAACCGCCGCUGGCUUUAGACGUAUUAUCAGGGAGUGUGAGCGUGCCAGUCGCGCCGGCCAACUCCGGACUCUUGUCGGAGGGUCUGAGUGUGUUUUAGGUGAUACUCGGUAUUUUCGUAAUUGACAUUUCGUCAUAUUGGACGAACGAGGCUGCGGUUCCACCACCGCUUCUCUCCACUGGGAGGCUUGUUCUUCGACGGUAGUUGAGAUCGAUCGACGACGCGUCGGCCGGAGAAGAAGUUUGCGCGAACUCGAGGCGAAUUGAGCGCGCACGAAUGAACUCGGCUGCGGGAUCGACGGUUAAUCCGUAGGGGGAGCAGUGAGCGCAAUUGUAAUCGCGCGCGUCAGCGCGUCGCGUUAUCAGGUAUGAGUUGUUUAAGGAAUCGUGUGAGAGCGCGUUCUCUGUGCGCCUCUCGCAUGUCGACAUUCGGAGAAAGCAGAGAGUCGGGUUUCGGGUGACACGACAUAUCACACGCACUUUGCCGUUUGUUAGCGUAUAAAUAUGGCAUUCCUUCAUAUCGCUAUCUCUAUUUUUUAUAAUCUGAUCUAACCCGACUCGUCGGUCGGAUCUUACCUGAUUAUUUAGAUAGAUGUGCGACUAUGUGCUGUUGAUGUAGAGUUCGUCGCUGAUGAAUCGCGUACAAGCAUGAAAAUUCCAUUCGUUUUAAUAAACGGCAAACGUGAGCGACGUAAAGAAAAAAAAGAAAAAGACAGAUAAAACAAGGAUGAAGGAAGCGCGAACGAUCAUCGCGCCACGAGUAGCUCUCGUGGAGAUGACUAAUAACUAUAUUCAUAAAAGCACCAAUUCCGUUACAUACAUAUCCUACAUAUGUUGUGAUCCUAUUUUAUCUCUAAUCUCUCGCAGCAAUAAAACGAAAUAUUCGGAGCGAAUAGUAAUAAAUAGCGAAACAAUAGUUACUCGAUCAAGAAAUCCUCAUCCUGAUUAAGACGCGUGAAAUCGGAUUACGAUUAAUUGAUACAAGUAUAAAUAAUAAUAAAUCUCUAUGCUCGAGUUUGCGCAAACGUCUCGCGGCACGCGUCGACUCGUGCUUAUAGUUAAAAAUCGUCAUUUCCAUUCUAUUAUCUCGAUAUACGAGGGAGAUAAACGCUUCGCGUGUUUUGAAGAUGCCGAAAGCAGUCGUCGGCGGGCGAGAGUGAGAAUAACGUAGUUAUCCUAUUUUAGGUAUGGAAAAAAAGUUAUCGUGUUGUCCUAAAUAAAAUUUGUGUAUAGAAUGAAAUAAGGAUAGUCGGUUAAGGAAAUGUGGAAAAACUCGGGUCGCUACUUGGUAAGCACGUAUGCUUCUGUAUAUUUAAGAUCUUUUUUCUACCGACAACUAUUGUAAAUUUUGUUAAAACAUAUUUGUACAUUGCUGAUUGUUUGUUUGUACUACGACUCGGGCGAGUCACUUUUUUAACUGCGAUAAGGUGAAAAGUGAACAGAUAUUUUCACGUUCGAAAUGCCAUGUUCCAGCUGUGCGCGAGACCCUUUUUUCGUAAUCUUUCAUUGUCUUUCCUUUUCGCUGAGUCGGAUAAGUGGCAAUGAGCAAAUGAGUUGUCCAUUAUCAUUAAUCCCGUUCAGCUGGUUAGAUAACAAGUAAUUUCAUCAUUAUUUAAUUUUUCCUAUUUUUGUCCUACAUAUAUACUUUUUCGUCUAGAUCCGUCGUCAUCGAGAUGAAUGUUUAUUUGUCCGCGAAUCUUGUAUGAGUUGUACGUUUAUAAAUAUUAGGAAUUACGUACGAGAUGAUGCGCGAACGGUUUUUGUAUUGAAUUAUUAUACCGUAGGAACACAGUGCCGAUUGCAGUCGUGCGAUUUACGGCCUCGACGAGAUUUUUACGGUACAUACAUCCAGAAAUUCACCUUAAAUCUCUUUAUGGCCUGAUAACAGGAUGCUCUACAAGGCUCUCCUCGGCCUUGGCGUGUCGUAAGCCGUGUCGUAAGAUUUGCAAUAUUAACAGUGCCAUCAGAGUUAGUAAGCACACAAUCAGCAUAGAGAUAGGGACGGUACUUUGUUCCGUAAUAAUAAGCAGAGGCUGCUCAUGCCGUUUAGUUUAUGCUGCGAGCAACAGCCGAAGAUGAUUCAUCGCGCGACGAUAAUGUGUGCUAUUUAUCUGUCUGUGAGAGUACCCAGCAUUUCUAUACCAGUCUGUAGUCUGAUACUCUUCGUUACGAUCAUCGCGCGAGAUGCGCAGCGUACGCGAUCAACAUUUCACGCGCGACGUUCCUACCCUUUUGAUUUCUUCUCUUCUCUUCUCAUUAUCGGAGAUAAUUCUAUCUAUCUGUUGGUAUAUUAUUUAUAAAUCGAUGCACAACGAGUAUUUAUUUAACGCUCGCAAACUGUAUGUAUACAAGAGAAUCAUUAGCGCGCCGUAAGAAGAGAAGGACACGCGUGCGUGCGCAGUAUGCCGUGAGCGAAAGUUUGAUGAGGAAGCGAUUACUGCCACUAAUCGUGAAGAUCUACCGAUCUCCAUUGUAUUUACUUAUUUCGUCGACUGCCAUGUUAUUUCGUCCUUUCGUGAAGUAUGAAUAAUCACCGUGCUCGUUUUCACUCGUACCUAGGUGCAUUUACUUGCGCGUACGCCAAUUGGUGCGUGCGCGACGGGCACCGUUCGCUAUAUCGGUUGCGUUCUUUCGCGACUAUAUAUAUCACUUUAUGAGACGCGUGAUAUUACGCAGACAGAGAUUGGUCUCUCGCGAAGAUGCGUCACAUCCUCCUCGAGUCGCUCUCUCUCUCGCAAUCUAAUACGUGACGGACGAAAUGAUGAGCAGCGACGCGACGUUCGCGUCUCGUCGCUAUCACACUCGUUUAUAAUUCUCCGGGAUGGGUGAUGUUCCCGAAGAAGUCAAUAUAUUACAGAUCGAUUCGUCCGCCCAAAAACAAACCGCCAUUUUUCAAUAAAUGCAUUCCUCCGCUCGGAUGGCAAUGCAUGUUGAUGAUUUGUAAUAAUUCGCGAUCGUACAAUCGAAUUCGAUUCCACAGCGAAGCGGAUUCGUUCAUUCGUAGGUCGAUUGACGCUUUAUUAGAUUGCGAAGAGGUCAAAGAGAGGAAUGUGUGUGUGUGUGUGUGUGUGUGAAACUCUCUGACGCAGGUUGGAUGAUUCGGACGAGUGAGGUUGCAUUAUGAUUGAAAUCGUUUACAAUAAAACAUCCGUUUGAUAUGCAAGGCGCAACGAUGAGAAGUAUUGUCCAACCGGACGAAUCCGGUCUGGUUUGCAGGUCUGUCUGAAUGAUAUGAGAUGAGAUUCGUGUCAAUUUACAGAAUCUUUUCGAAACGACGCGACACAAGUUUAGAAUUAAUGAAUUCUCCUUGACGCGAUUAUCAAACCGUCAGGAAUCUGAUGGCCGUGAGCCAAUUGCUAUAAGCGUUAUCAUUAUUCCACGUCACGUAUAUAUAAUGAAACAUUAGCCACACUGUACAAAAGAUUGUACGCACCGUUUCUGAGAGAUUGAAAUGACUUGUUACACGUUAAUCUGAGACAAACGCAGAGAUAUUUUUUUUUUCGUAAACACCGAUGCGAGGACACGAACGCAAUGAUGAACAUGAAAUAGUAUUACACGGUCGUAUAUAUACUCGCGACUCGCAGCACGUGACGUGCUCACGAUUAAAAAGACUUUACGCAUUCCGUGAAGGUGACUACCGGCAACCGAAAGAAAGUAUAAGCGACAAAGUUCGGCGACUCAUACCGGACAAUGUUGAGACAGUGCGAUUCUUCGAGCGAGAUGCGUCUUUGUUUUUCCGGUAUCUUCCAGUUGUACUAGUAAUAAUAAUACAAAAUAUUCUCAAAAUGGACACGCAUUGCCCCGAAAAGUCAGAAUUUCGAAAUUCGGCAACUAGGACAAUUACCCGAAAGUCAUAAAAUAUCAAAACCUGUUGAGACGACAUUCCGAAAUAUAAUUUUCCUGAAACGUAAGAUUGCUCGAGAAACGAGUAUUACCCCGAAAACGAAAAAAAAAAAGAAAUGAAAACCACGAGUGUACUAAUAUUUACCAGUUUGGGUACACUCUUGUACUCGAAUGAGUAGAUAUUAACGCACCCGACUGUACAACGAGACAAUUCCGAUAUUUCCAAUAAAAUUGUAUUUCGGAAAAUUGUCUCGGUGGUCAAGUUCCAGUAUUGACUCCUUAGAAAAUUGUUCCACUUUUUAAAUUUCGAUAGAUUUCCUUUUCGGGACGAUAUGCGGGCCCGCAUCUUGUUUGUAGGAUGCGAUUUCCGUUAAAUGCGAGUUGUUGUGCGAGAAAAAUAUUAACGAUUCACCGAGUCUCGAGAGAUUUAUUUUGAGAGGGAGAUAAGAAAAAUGAAUAGCGUGCUUUUUUCAAUUUACUUAGGAUAUUACACGAAAAAAUGUGAUGUGUAAUCCGAGUGCAAAUGUAGUGGGUUGUAAACGAUCGGUCUACUGUAUCAAGAGUACUUCGUCUUAUCGUAGUCGUAUUAGCGGCAUUUAGACAUUUGCACGAGAGCUUGUAUCGACGGCCGUUUACGGAGAGUGGUAUCGUGAUACCCGCUGCGCGUCUGAGUCUUGGGUUCCGAUUCCGUUGCGAAGCAAAAGACACAGUAGCGCGCAUUGUCUUGUACCGAGACAUGAGAAAGCACCUGUCGACAGGCACAAGAGAUCGACCAAUUGAUCCACGAGCGGCAAGUCAGACACAUUUUUACGACUCAGCGAGCGCUUUGUCAUUGCCGAUCUCGUACAUAUCAUCCCGCAAGGACCAUGCGUUUCGCGAUGACAUUUUUGAGGAUACUCAAACAAUAGCACGAAGCAUCGAUAUCAAGGGCUGGACCAGACUUCUUAACGAUCGAUGAGCUCUAAUACCCGACGCAGUACGAAGAUAUUUUUUAACGGCUAUUUUCGAUACGCUAUCAGACGUAAUGAGGAGAACGGGGAAAUUUUUCGUAGGGAAGAGCUUGAGAUCCAAAUUUAGAGGAAGAAAGAAAGGCUCACAUAUUCGGUCUCCUGAUCGUAAUCCCGCGUAGCCCACUAAACGCUCCCCAGCCUUGAUUCUGUUUCGAAGUAGGUACUUAACGCGCUAGGAUCAUGUAUUAUUCUCUCAAUGCAAGUGCUUCGGCAUAACACUCUCUUCCACAAACUCGCGGGUGCUUCCGUUAUCGAGGAAUCUUCAGACGCUACGACAUUUUCUUGUCCUUGCUGUCUUUCGUAUACAAAAUGAAAGAGAAAAGCUAAUUUUAUAUAAAUCGAAUUAUACAAUUUCCUAAUGUAACUUUUGAAUUUUCCCCUUAAUUUAAACAAUUUUUUUAUCUUCUAUAUAAAUUUUACGUUUUCUCAAACUUAUUUUUUUUUUUUAUUAUUUUGGUGCCAUUUUAGGUCGUACAAAGUCUCGCUAGAACGACAACAAGUGAAUUGACGAUCUCUCGAGCAGUAUCCCAUAGUAUCUAACGAAGAUUUUCUCGAUAACGCGAGUUUGCGCGUAUACACAAUCGAUGCAUUCUUGAUCGCGCCGUCGCAACCGCCAAUGAUACAAUAUUUGCGAGAUGCACACAGCAGCGGUAGUAGCACAAAGAAAAUCCUAUCUUUUGAUAACUGCACCACGGAUACGGCGGACAUUGCUGCGGCGUAAUCGCGACGACCAUCAUAGAAAAUAGUUGUCGUCGUCAGUGGGGCGCGCGUCUCGAUGUAUAAUUAUUCAAGACAUCGCAUCAAGAACAAUCGAAAUAAAUCCGCUUGCUUUUUCGUACGUAACGAACGCGUGUCUCGUUUUCGUUUGGAGAUAAAUAUCAAAAGUUACUCGUUAUCGAAUAUUAAAUUAUUCCGCCUUCUUCCGCUGCCUUUUCUACGCUUAAUGGGGAACGCUUUUUUCCCCAGAGCGCGUAUAAUAAAUAAAUUCAUCCGUCUAUCUCUUCCCUAGACGGAGAGUCGAACGUUCCAUACUUCGAUCGCAUCGCAUUUUAUUCGCGUCUACACAAUGACCUCACGCGAGUCUGAACAUUCGUUCACGUCUGAAUGAAUCACGAUGGACGCUUGCCCCGUUCACGACGACUAUGCUUCGUUUAUACUUGCGUGCAGUUAAAAUCACGUUAGUAGUCGUCAUCGACGUAUGCGAGAAACAAGCGCGGCGACGAAUACAAAAGCUGCCUCUCGCAGAAAUAUUUUUUUACCGUCUAGUGUCAGAGCGACCGUACUCUAAUUCGUUUUAGAUCCGGCUAGAAGAACCUAGACGUAGGGUGUGACCGUAGGCAGUCAAGGAAGGCUCCGCACCGGAGGCGUUUCGAGAGAGCAAAGAGCAACAAAAUCUCUAUUGCCGCGACGCGCAGCCCCGAGAAUCGCUCGUACCUUAACCCGUAUAACGAACACACGUACACUCAAUGUGACUUGAUUGUCAGACAGGAGAGACACAGUUGUAUCGAUAAUAUCCUCGUGAUGAAACAAAUGGCGUCGUAGAUAACUAUGCACUACUACCAACGACAACAUCGAGCACCAAUCAACGUCCCGACGAGCGAAACACUUCUAAGGAUCCGCAAACGCGAGAGCACGCGAACAUUAACGUGAAAAUUACCAUUCAAAUCCUUGGGAUUUCGGAGAGCAUUGAGUAGUGAAAUCGGGAUAGUACAACACAGAUUCAACAAUUGAUACUGUUACAAAAGCUGUUGCUUCAGGCAGGGUUAAGGUCACGAGAUGAACGUCAUGACACCAAGGUCCGACAGUGAAAUUGGCUGAUCAAAAUUCUAAGAUUUUUUUUCUAUUUUUGUUACUUAAUCAUUGAUCACGCGCGGAACCGCUUUUUCAGGUUCCAUCUGAACGAGAGCAUUGCGGAAAGAGCCGGUCAGAGCCCUCCAGGGAAGAAUCACGUCCCAAGGGCGUAUGUAUAACCGCGAGAGAGUGCUUAAUUGAUGAUGUGUCAUUAUCGACGGCUCCUCCUCCGAGAGAAAGAGAGAGAGAGAGAGAGAGAGAGAGAGAGAAAACACUGUAAAUAAUCGAGAAUGAUCACGUCGAGUGAAGAGAGACCGCGAAUGCGAAUGAAUGCGUGCGUGAGUGAGCGCGAGCGAGACGGACACAUAAUACAGCGAAUGUGUGUACGAAUAACUGUAUAAAGACUGAUUAGAUUA